GGCCCCGCAGCCCCGGGCGGGGGCUCGGCGCGGGCCUGCGAUAUGCCGGUGUCGGCGGCCCGAGAGGCUGCAGCUGCAGCGGCGGGGGGGGAGGUGGCAGAGGCGGCGGCGGGGCCCGGGGGGGGGGCAGCGUUGGGGGCCGGCGCGUAGCCGGGACUAUGGAGGGGCAGAGCGGCCGCUGCAAGAUCGUAGUGGUGGGGGACGCAGAGUGCGGCAAGACGGCGCUGCUGCAGGUGUUCGCCAAGGACGCCUACCCCGGGAGUUAUGUCCCCACCGUGUUUGAGAACUACACCGCGAGCUUCGAGAUCGACAAGCGCCGCAUUGAGCUCAACAUGUGGGAUACUUCAGGUUCCUCUUAUUAUGACAAUGUCCGGCCUCUGGCCUAUCCGGAUUCAGAUGCUGUGCUCAUCUGCUUUGACAUCAGCCGGCCUGAAACACUGGACAGUGUCCUUAAAAAGUGGCAAGGGGAGACUCAGGAGUUUUGCCCCAAUGCUAAGGUUGUGCUGGUUGGCUGUAAACUGGACAUGCGGACGGACCUGGCUACACUGAGGGAACUAUCCAAGCAGAGGCUUAUCCCUGUUACACAUGAGCAGGGCACUGUGCUGGCCAAGCAGGUGGGGGCUGUGUCCUACGUUGAAUGCUCCUCCCGAUCUUCUGAGCGCAGCGUCAGGGAUGUCUUCCAUGUGGCCACAGUGGCUUCUCUUGGCCGUGGCCACAGGCAGUUGCGACGCACUGACUCACGCCGGGGAUUGCAGAGAUCCACUCAGCUGUCAGGACGGCCAGACCGGGGAAACGAGGGCGAGAUACAUAAGGAUCGAGCCAAGAGUUGUAACCUCAUGUGAGGGGCUGCAGUGGGGCAGAGAGCCAGGAGGGAUGGUGGGAGGCUAAUUGUUCUCCUGCCUGCACCUAGGCUUCCUGACCUCCUGACCCUGGCUGGAGGUCAGGGCAGCAGAGGGAGCAAUUCUUCUGGUUGGAGGUACUAAAGGAUGGAGGGUGUGACCAUUCCCCAUACCCUCAUCCCCCUCUCUGCUGGAAGUUGAGAGAGCUAAUAAAGUGGGCAUCUGGGGCAUGAACUUGAGUGGGCAGGUGUGUUAAGUUAGGGAAGCCAGGAUCAAGCAAUGACCUUGGUUGAGUCUUCUAUAAAAUGUAACUUUCCUCCCCAUCCCUGUCCCAUAUCCAGGCUGCCUUCCCUGAGAAAGGGUCAAUCCUAUGACCUCUUUUCCUUUCCUCUCCCUUGUACAUCUGUUCUCACACAUUCUAACCUCCAGGCAUCAUGCACUAAAUUUUAAAGCAAGGAAAAGUCCCUCUUUACCAUCAGCCCAACAAACAGUUCUAGUUUUCCCUCUCUCUUCCCCAAAUAGAUCCCAAAUAAAGCCCAUGUCCAUGGAAAACAA